GAGCGCAGCUGAUCGCUGCGCGCGCCGCACCAGCAGCGCGGCGGAAUAUCGGUUGUUCGGUCAGUCCGCUCUUUGCUCCCGACGAGUCAGUGCAUGCGCGGCCGCCAACGCGACGUGGACUCGCCGCCGCCGCAGCUUUCGCCAGUGGUUACCUCCCCCGUGUCUUGUAUAUCGCGAUACACGAGUUGUAAGCUGCAGAGCACUUGCACACACGACUACUCCUUCCCGUAUACGCCCGCGGUGUCGCCUUCCAGCCACAUACUCCCCGUGGCCGCUGUCGAUCCGGAAGUGCGGCGGACAGAGUAUACGCAGAGAGCGCGAGAGUGAUAGGGGAGGUAAAUAAAAAGGGAGCGACAUGAGCGACCUAACCUCAAAGCCCAGCAGCGAGCUGCGCGACGUAGACGGGCGCGAGCCUUGACUAAGGGCCGUCGUCGUCUACGGGGGUAUGGGCAUUGGAGUCCUCGGUGCAGCGAGCGAGACAGCAGAGGCAAGUUCCGAGGUAGGCUGCCGCACGUGAGAUUCAGCGCGGAUGCCGUGCCCAGGAGCGAGCAGUAGUCAUGAGCUUUAUCAGCCUGCGCAGCCGCCUCCUGCAGGGCCUCAUCCUGGCCCUCAUCGGCCUCACCUUCUACACCUACUACAGGACCACGGCUAGCGAGAUUCAGCAGUACGCCUUUGUCAGGAGCUACAAUCGUUCCAGCUUUUACGAGUCGGUUCACGGCGGCCACGCGAACGCGAGCAGUUCUGACGUGCCCUCGACGCUGCUGUCCAAGAACCUGUCGGACAACGGCGCUUCGAGCCCGACCCUCGUCAACAAUGCAUCGCACAAUCCGAGCCCGAGCGGCAAUCUCUCGACCGUCAUCACCGUCAUCUCGGCUUCCUCGUCCUCGUCGUCUUCCACGAGCGCCGGCCUCAAGCUCCCGAGCAACACCUCGACCAGCACGACCACAACGACCACCACGACCACGACCACGACCACGACCGUCGCGCCCUCUACCGCGCCGGUCAUCGACAAGGACUCGGCGCGCGCCAUCUACUCGGCCGGACACACGGUAGCCAUACCCGAGCGCUGUCCGGACUUUGGCAAGUUCAUGGACCUGGUGAUCAUCAUCAUGUCGGCGCCGACCCACUUCGAGGCCAGGACCGCGAUCCGACAGACCUGGGGUCACUUCGGCCAACGACGGGACAUCGGCAUCGUCUUCAUCCUCGGCAGCACCAACGACCCCAAGUUCGAGCGGAACCUCGAGAAGGAGCAGGACAUGUACGGCGACAUCAUCCGCGGCAGGUUCCUCGACUCCUACUCGAACCUCACCCUCAAGACCAUCUCGACGCUCGAGUGGGUCGACACCUACUGCUCGGAGGUCAGGUACGUCCUGAAGACCGACGACGACAUGUUCAUCAACGUGCCGCGGCUGGUGUCCUUCAUCAACAAGCACAAGCGCGACAAGAACGUCAUCUUCGGCAAGCUCGCCAAGAAGUGGAAGCCCGUGCGCAACAAGUCCAGCAAGUACUACGUCUCGCCGGCCCAGUACAAGCCGACCUUCUAUCCGGACUUCUGCACGGGCCCGGCCUACCUCAUGUCCAGCGACAUCGUGCACAACCUCUACGAGGGCGCCCUCAACGAGACCUUUCUCAAGCUAGAGGACGUCUUCGUCACGGGCAUAGUGGCGAGCAAGCUCGGCAUCAAGCGCUCGCACGCGAACGAGUUCCUCAACCGGAAGAUAUCCUACAGCCCGUGCAACGUCCAGCGGGGCAUCAGCAUACACAUGGUCAAGUACAGCGAGCAGUUCGACCUCUGGAAGAAGCUGCUCGACGGCAAGACCAAGUGCAAGUGAUAGACCACGAAACAAUAGGUUUUCUUUUUCGCGUAUGCAUACGUACUACUUGGAUCAAAAGCUACACUGGUAUGGGGGUGUUUGUGAAACGACGCUCCCCGGGGGAUGCAGUGCGUGUGUCGACACCGGUGUGUCCCUUGUAUCAUGUGCGCGGAAGUGAGGCUCGACGCGAGUUCUAGGUCGUAGUUGCUCAUCCUCUAGAUGGCGCUUCGCUGCAUUUCAGGAUGUUACAUCUGUAAGAUUACGUAUUAUUAAGUGAUUUUACGAAUUAGGUAUUUCGUUUUUGUAUAAAAAAACUCUUCGAGUAUUUCGUAGACGUUUUGAAAUUAGAUACAAUGGUGGCCAUUUUUUCUGUGCGAUACGUUAAAUUUAUGAAGUCAUCGAAUACCGGACCUGGGUUCAAAACCCGGUCCUGAUACUAUAGAUAGGUUAUUUUCUUCCGAGAAUUCUACGCGGGCAUACUUAAAAGCGGAUUCCUUACUUAUAAGGGACUUAAAUUUAGAGAAUCGCUUGCAUUGAGCCUCACUCGGCGCACCGCAGUGCAGAAGGGCACAAAUCAUUUAAUCUUAAGCUCGAAGUUGUAUAUUCAAUCUUACGAUUAAGUACGUAGUUGUUAGUUUAUCGUUGAACAGCGAUACACCGCGCGAGACUCGAGAAACGUCUCCCUAUUCGACUUUCGCGCUCUUUUCUAUAGCGGAAGAAGAACAAGGGACGUUUCUCGCGUCCGAUUGUUUGGUUUGACUGCGACGUCUCUCAGCAAACUGCAAACAGCCAUUCACCAUUCUUUCAUUAUAUUUUAAGUUGAAGUUGGUGACGUACGAGACGUGGUCGAAUCGAGUGCCUCUUAAAGAGUAAGAGAUUUGUUCGGAAUGGGUACACAAUGUGCGAGUCGAGUCGACAUUGAAUUUCGACAAUUUUGCGAGGCGCGACGUCGGAUCACGAAAAUAGAAGAACGACGCCACGUGUCGCAGCCGAAGUUACAAGAGCAAAGGGCUUCGGUGCAAUCCUGUUUCACAAACUCGGAGAGCUCCUUGUCUCUUUUUCUGCCUGUCUCUCAUUCGCUCGGAAAUCGCAUCAUGAAAUUUUGCGUAAUAGAGUAGAUAAAUCGAUGAUACUCGAGUAGAACAAUGAAAUUCUAUUUGUACCUAAUUAAAGAUAAACGACACUUGACUCUCGUAUGUGUGCGCAGUGACGUCGUCGGAGUCUUACACCUUAAUUCUUUUAUUAUAAGCUCUUAUACGUAACUUUUAAAGAGACUCGAGUCGAGCGUCAAACUUGCGACGCUUGUGCGCCAGACAGACUGGUUGGUGAUGAUGAAUAUUGUACUGAAGCCGAUUUGUAAAAGACAAAAAAAAGAGAAGAACAAAUAUUGUAUUGUAAGAUAAUUGAAUUUUUAUAUUUUUGACAAGCCGUGCAGGUUAUGCAGAUAUUGUACUUAAAUAAGAUAUACUCAGUUUUUAAGCUCACGCGUUUCCUCUAAAUAACUUUUGUUCCUGUUCGCGCACGCGCGCGUCACUUCGGUGCAGAUUUUUCGUCCACCCCGAGUGUGUGUUUUUCUCACGGCGCAGGCAUUGGCUGGAAUUCGGAGUAACACACACACACACACACACACACACAACCCAUACACGUUUUCUUUUCGUCAUAAUAUUAUCUAGUCAGAGCCUAGAUAAUUCUACUCACUUUUGCGUGGCGAUACGCAUGUCUUUGUAAACGUUUUCGCUCAACUUGUCCAAUCUUUUAAUUUUUGUACAGAAUAUGGUAACGUGCAAUAAGUGUUGUGGUUUUUCCUUUCCGUUAUUUUGUAUAAAUUUGUUACGAACGAGAAGUGAUCGAGCAAAGAAAAAAUGUAAUGAACGAACAACUUAUAGUUUCUUAAGUGCCAUAAAAUGCGAAGAAGUGCAGACAUGUAAUCGUACCGUGCGGCAUCCGGCUCUCAACACCGGGAGCCGCGUUUCUAAGUACGUCACGCGUUUUUCUUUUCCAGGACAAAAAAAUGAAAAGUUUUUAUGCUGCCUUAUUAGUUUGCGUAGACUAGCUGCUAGAGUACGUUUAAUUAAGCAUUCCUUUGGGAUCAAAAUUGUUAUGUUUAUUUUAUGUUACGAUUAGGAUUGUUUCUCUAUAUACAGUGUAAAACCCCCUGCCCCCGGUUCUGAAGAAAUUUCCCUCGUGAUAAUUUUGUUCCGAUCGAUAGAUUGCCAUUUGAAAUUAAUUAUAUAAUUCUAAAUAAAUUAUUAUUUAUUUACAAAGCACGUGCAUCAGAGCUUGUUGUUAUUUUCAUUUCACCUGUGCCGGCUUAAUCUACAUCUUCAUGUCUCUCUGCAGUUUCCGUCCUCGAGGGAAAUCGCAUUAUCGGACACGGUGCAGCGCGAGGAAGGUGACGUUUUUUCUCUGUCUCUCCCUCGAAACAAUAAUACAUAUCAAGGAAAUGACCUAUUACGCCGCGGAGAGGAGCGUAAAAAUUGGAUUGCCUCAAUUUGAAAUUGGGACCAAGGAUCCUGCUGUCGUAAAGCGAAUGGCUGCAAGCGAAGGAGCUUGAAUGGACGGAAAAAAUUUAACGCGAUUCGAACGAAUCAAUCGUAUUCUAAAUGCUUUCCCAUUGUGCGACUACGUGUUUUCCAAAGUUAUCCAUUAAAGAUUAUAUAACAUGUAUAAAUAAACAUUUUUUUUUUAAACUAUUUAUCGGAUUCUUUUGACCUCGCGUAGAGAAAACGUUUCACUAAAUUAUACAACAUCGUGUACUCGUAACUGAAUAUCCUAUAUAACGGCAAAAAUACUUGACUUUUUUUACACUAGCUUAUAGAGAAUUUUUACUAAGAAAUUAUCCAUACGUAUGAGAAUAUGUAAAAAAAUUCAAUCUUUAUGAAAAAUUUACGCUUACAGUGUAUUAUCAUAAGCCGCUUGAAAUUCUUCGAAAAUAUAUUUAUACAUGUAACGUGUGCAGAGCGCAUAGGAAAAAAAAAGAGAAACUCGAUGUUACGAUUCUUUCUCGCAGGCCAAACAAACCAUGUGAAUUAAAGUAAUAUGUAAGAAAAAGAAAAGCCGAGCGCAUGUGACACAUCGAUUUUGUUGUUGCUUUUCCUUCGCGCUUUCGUAAACGUCCGCCGACGAGUCUCCUUUUGUUAAACGAACGCACGUGUCCGUCUACACAUACAUCAUCCACAGCACUCGUGUCCCGUCUGUUUUGGUUUACGAACACGUAAGCCCGAGGAAUGAGAAUUUCAGUCGGCGUACGCGCUUGAAUUUUUUGUCUCUUUUCUGCAGCGUUAUGAGAGCGGCCGAGCGAUAACCGGGGGAGAUUAGUGCAGCGAGAGAGCUGCGCGAUGGAAAGUGUUUGAGGAAAUUAUCGGGACAGGCGGUGCGCGGCACAUAUCGAGCUCGCCCACGCGCGCAUUCGCGUCGGAAAUACCAACACACACACGCACGCGCGCGCGCGCACACCUUUUCCGAAUAGCUCUGCAUUGUCGAAGCCGUCGUCGCGCAAAAUCGGAGCUCGGAUUUUCUUUCGAUCUUUCUCGAACAAAGCUCAACCGGUGUAGAGCGGGGGCGGAGAAUGUCGCGUAUUCUGACAACUUCUUGUUUCUCGAGCAAAAGAAUGCCGCGCGGAAAUUCCCCGCGCGUCUCCCUAAUAACUCUCCGUACGGUGUACCUGGCGAAGAAACUUUCCCCAUCGAACGAGCCAAUCUAAUAACUCUUGCAUAUUGUAUUAUACUCCGCGCCAUCCGGUCCGCGGAUUCUUUCUCAAUAUCGCGAAACUCGAUGCGAUUUUUUCUCUCUAGCUCGUUAUCGCGCGCAUGUCUGUACCGCAUUUUUCGUCGCUGACUGAGCGCACGCGGUUGUUAUUAUUUAUGCAGCUCUCUCGGGGAUCGCGUUCGCUCUUUUGUGCAUAAAAAAAAAAUUCAUCGCUGGGAAGAGACAAAAAACGGCGAUCAUACUCGAACGGCAGCCAAGUUAUGCGUUUUCAGCUGUUGUUGUUUUUUGAGAGCCUAAGAGUGUCGAGAGCGAGUGGGUAAUUGGAGGUUUCAGUCAAUUAUGUACUACUCGGCGAUGUGCGCUGAUGAGCGGGUACGUGUGAGGUGAGAGUGUGCCGAGAUGCGUUUUUUUUCGGAUAUGUAUUAUGAUUAUAUCGGGAAACUGUAAAUGUCCGUAUAAUAAAUUUGAGACUUUCUUGUGUACAUAA